GAAAUUUGAGACUAUAUAAUCAGCAUUACAAGGUAUAGACACUUAAACAACCAGAGAGAAAUACAGAGAAACACAUAAUGGCUCCAAGAAACAAGACUUCUGUACCGGGAGGAAAAGAAACUCUCCGGCACUUUACCCAUCCUCAUGUCCUAAUUAAGCUUCCUUUAGAUCAAGCACUAGCUUCUGUGAAUAGCACGUUCACUUGUGAUGGCUGCAACUUGAAUAUUCCAGCUGGUAAUACCUACUACUGCAAGCAAUGCGAUUUCGGCCUCCACGAGGAUUGUGCUACCUGCCCUGAGCAUCUCACCUCUAAUUUUCACCCUAACCAUCAAUUGGAACGGGUUUGGGAGGGAGUCGAAGAAGAUUAUGGUUUGUUGCGUCCUUGUGAUCUGUGUGGUGAUCAAGUCAAAGGUCUCUUCUACAAAUGCUCUUCUGGUGCUGAUGAAAAGAGCUAUUAUGAUGAUGGGGAUCAUUACUUUUUUAUCCACCCUACAUGCUCCAAACUUCCAUCUCAAGUGAUUCUCAAGCUUCAGCCGGUUCCGGAUGCUCCUGAUGCACCAUGUGCAAUUUGUAGAAACCUGGUUUCUUCUUCUCCGUGGAGUUACAGAAGUGGUCUUCCGUAUGGUCUUAAUAUCCAUCCUCAGUGUGUUACUCUUCCAUCUGACGACAAUCAUCAGGUUGCAAGUACUGGAACUAGUCGUUCGGCUCAACAACAAGUAGCAGAUGCUGAGGCGGAUGAGGCAGAGUUGUUUGCCGCUAUGUAUGAUGCCAAAAUGUCUGCUAAAACAAAUCAAUUUUCUUUAGAUUUGUGGUCGUAGAGCAUGUUAAUGUAUUUCUUUAAAAUGAACUGAUCUCCUUUUGUAA